AUGGGGUCAAAACAAGCAAAAGAAAAGAAUAACCAACGUAACAUGGAAAGGAAUGAGCCGGCAGUUAGUAGUCGUCCGACAGCCCCACAUCCUUAUGAUUCUGCAAACUGGCUCUCUCGAGUAACAUUGCAGUGGAUGAACACCAUCCUAAGACUUGGCAGCGGGAAACCUCUGGAAAAGGAAGACAUCUUUCCCGUCCGCGAGGCAGACGGUAUGAAUCAACUUGUUCAAAAACUUGAAAUUGAAUGGCAACGAGAAGUUAAUAACAGCCGAGCCCGAGGCUGCAAACCUCACAUGUGGAGAGCAUUAUCCCGAAUGUUCUCAUGGCGGGCGUACAUGAUGCUGAUUGUUUUGAAAGUACUUAGACUUCUUGCCACCGUUUUCUUACCGUUGCUGCUGUGGUUUUUCUUGUCGGACCUGGGACGAGAACAGCAAGGAUAUUCUGUUUCUACCUUUCUGUUCAUUGGCGGUAUAAUUUUUCUUUCUUCAAUCAAGGGACUGACGAAGAAUCACUAUUAUGGAAUAACACAAAUAUGGGGCAUACGACUAAAGGUGGCGUGCGUAGGGCUCAUCUACAAAAAGAUUCUAACGCAGCUUAAGCGCUGUGACCUUCAGAAAAUUGUCUCGGGAAAGACCAUAAAUCUUGUUUCAAACGAUGCUCAGAAGAUGGAAGAAUUUUUUUGGGCAUUGAACAAUUUUCUGUUCUCUCCUAUCGAGAUUCUGGGUUCUUGCACAAUUCUUCUGGCCUUGACAGGAUGGAAAGCUCUUGUCGGAGUUUCAUUUUAUUUAAUAUCCAUUUCUACCAUCAUGUUACUGUCACAUUAUAGUGGAACACUACGCCUCAAAGCAGCAGAAGCUAGAGACAAAAGACUGAAAGUUAUGAACGAGGUUGUAUAUGGUGUUCGAGCUGUUAAAAUCUACGCCUGGGAAAUGAACUUUGCUGAAGUAAUCAAGCAACUAAGGAGGCGAGAAAUGUGGUUUGUCAAACUACGAGGGCUCAUUGUGUCCGGCCUAAAUUCCGUGAUUUACACAACAGGGCCAUUGGCCAGUCUGCUAUCUAUGAUAACUUUGAUAUCUACUGGAGAACAUAUUACUGCUUUGGAAAUGUUUACAAUCCUAUCCUGCCUUAAUGUAAUAAAUUUUUCUGUGGCUCUUGGCAUGGCUUACUCGCUGCCCUUCGUUGCCGAAGGCUACAUUGCUGCCAAACGAAUAGAGGACUUCAUGUCAAAGGAAAUUGGACUAACAUGUGCAGAGACCAACGCAAAAAUUACAUUUGCUGAGCAGCUGGGGCCAAAUGGAUUUCUUGGUUUAAGUUUAAAAAGAAAAGAAUGUAGUACAGCCUUCGUUAGACUAGAGAGCUUCAAAGCUGGUAAUGCUAAAUUGCUCUCUAUGUCGAGAACACCGACUAACACAAACACUGAAAAGAAUGAGUUAUCUUUGUUCCGCGUCUCGGCUUCAUGGAACAAAAGUGAAGACAGAAGAGCUUUAACCAACGUUUCAUUACGUGUGAGGCAGGGUGAGAUGUUAGCUGUAACAGGACCAGUUGGAAGUGGAAAGUCCUCUCUGUUGAUGGCAAUUCUUGGAGAGCUCUCUGCUAUCAGCGGAACAGUGACAUUAAAUGGAAGAGUCGCUUACGUUCCACAAAUUCCUUGGGUUUUCUCAGGCACCAUCAGAGACAACAUUUUAUUUGGAAGACCUCUUGACGUUAGUAGUUACUAUAAAACUCUUGAUGUUUGCUGUAUGCAACCAGACUUACAAAACUUCCCUAAAGGAGAUUUGACCGAGAUAGGACACCGUGGUGUAAGUCUCAGUGGUGGUCAGCGUGUACGUGUAAGUUUAGCUCGUGCACUGUACUCGGCUGCUGAUGUCUAUUUGCUGGAUGAUCCCCUCAGUGCAGUGGAUGCCAAAGUUGGAAAGCAUCUCUUUAAUAACUGCAUUUGCGGAUUUCUCUCAAACCGAACUCGUGUUUUUGUGACUCAUCAGCUUGACUUCUUAACUCACAUACCUGACGUUAUAGUGCUGAACAACGGUGUUAAAGUUGGGGAAGGACAAUGCUUCCAGGAUGAAGAGUCCAAAACUCUUAAGUUUGCUUCUCAAACCGAAAGUGCUGAGGGGACAUGCCAAUCUUCCCCGCAUCGAAGCCCUCAGCUUCCUUAUGAUGAAGACCUCGGAGAUCAAGAUUUAAAAGAAGAGGAAGAGGACCGCAAUACUGGUUCCAUUACUUGGAAGAUAUAUUGGAGCUACAUCAGGACAGCUCUCGGAGCUCCUUUGGUGCUUUGCCUUUCUGUUGCUGUUCUUAGCAUGAAAGGGUUACUGGUUGCUUCGUACUGGUGGGCUUCUCAGGUUGCGGAAAUGAAUCAGGAGCGGCAGAGAUCUUUCGCGACAUUGGGAAUAUACGGCGCUAUCGUUGGAUUAUCAUUUUUAGGCAACAUAGCUGUCUCACUACUUUUUUGUUUCAUUCUCCUUAAAGCUUCCGAAAUAUUGCACAACAAAAUGGUCUUGGCUGUCCUCAGGGCACCAGUGCUGUAUUUUGACAAAACCCCAGUUGGGCGCAUUUUAAAUCGUUUCUCAAAAGACAUCGGUAACAUGGACGACGUUUUGCCUACUCACGUCCUCCUGGCUGUCGAAGUUUCUUUAUUUUCCUUCAGCACCGUUCUUCUUCCUGCUGCAGCCAACGCUUGGCUUAUUUUAGUUGCGACUCCUGUUGUCGCAAUUGUGUUAUAUUAUGGACGAUAUUAUAUGAGGUCAUCUCGUGAAAUCAAAAGAUUGGAGGCUAUCACCUGCAGCCCUGUAUAUUCGCACAUUUCAGAGACCAUCGCUGGACUUGAAAUAAUUCGCUCAUCUCAAAUGGAGCAGCGUUUCUUGAAAAGUCUCUUCAAAUACCAGGAUGAAAACACAUCAGCUUUAAUCAUGGUAGUAACAAGCACACAAUGGCUUACUGUACGCAUGACACUUGCAUGCAGUCUAAUGAUAGCUGCAGCAGCAAUUGGUGCAGUUCUUGUCACUCAAAGCCCAGCUUUGGCAGGGAUGUCCCUUUCUUUCUUGCUUGAGUCAUUGGAUGAGGUCCAGUAUGGCGUCAAAGUAAGUUCUGACGUUGAGAACUACAUGACUUCAGUUGAGAGAGUAAUGUGGUACACCACUUUAGAGGCUGAGCCAGGAUAUAGCACAAGAACCUGUCCUCCUUCGUCUUGGCCGCAGCGGGGUGACAUAACCAUCCGCAAGAUGUCCCUGAGGUACAUUAAAGGUGGUCCUCUAGUUUUGAAAGACAUCAGUUUCUCUGUUGCUGAUAAGGAGAAGAUAGGUAUUGCAGGCAGAACGGGAGCUGGCAAGUCAUCCAUUAUUGCUGCACUUUUGCGCAUGCCUGAACCAGAAGGAAAGGUGUUAAUUGACGGUGUCGAUGUUGGAACUCUUAACCUUCAGACGGCGCGGCGUUCCAUGGCUGUUAUUGCGCAGGACCCGGUUCUUUUUGGAGGUAGUUUGAGGAGAAACCUUGACCCAUUUUCAGAGCAUACAGAUCUGGAGCUUUGGGCUGCUCUUGAAGACGUGCGGUUAAAAGCCAUGGUGGAAAAGCUUCCUGGUCAGCUUGAUUACCAGGUAAAGGAAGCAGGGUCCAACUUCAGUGUUGGUGAGAGGCAGCUGGUUUGUUUGGCUCGUGCAUUGGUUCAGAAGUGCAAGAUCAUCGUCAUGGAUGAGGCCACUGCCAAUGUAGAUUUCAAGACAGACAACCUGAUUCAGCAAGUCAUUCGUCACAAGUUUAAAGACUCCACAGUACUGACGAUUGCUCAUCGUCUGAACACCAUUAUGGACUAUGACAAGGUGCUGAUUCUUGAUGGCGGACGAGUGGUGGAAUUUGACAAACCUGAAAUUUUGAUACAGAAUGGUGGAAUGUUCGCUGAACUGGUGAAGAAUACCAAUGAGGGGAAAAUGUAAGCCAAAGGAGUAAAGAGUAAAAAGUCCAAAUCAUGGAAAAUACACUGACGAAAGGUUAAAAGUUGUUUUCAAGUCUCAUCGCUGGGACAAAAACGCCUUUUAGGAGCUUAAUUGCGGCUGAUUUGUUUUAUUUUUUUUUCUUAGCUUCUUUGCCUAGCUGUAAACUGGUAAUUGAAAAAAACAACUGUGCAGGUGUAAGCUGACGGAUACAGGAAUUUUUGUUGUCAUCCUUGCUACACGCCCACAAAUAGUCAUCUCAAUUAUUCUUCUUUUGUUGUUAUGGAAUUAAUCAAGAUUG